AUGGUGGAAGUGUUUAUGAUAUGGGUGGAUUGGAUGCACUCGCUGAUGAAGAUUGAAGUGGCCGACGAGGCGAGGAUCGCCGGCACCGUACCAUCUCCGGAGCACGCGUGUGCGCUCAUGAAGCUGCUGUUCUUGGUUUCAAUCGCGGUGCUAGAAGACUACGAGUAUCGGUUUGGUAUUACGGGUCGUAUGUGUCUAAAGUAUUUCGACGCGUUUCACCAUUCGGGCUGCCCGUGCGUUCCAGAUGCGAGUCUACGGAGAACGUCCUGCGGCGACUACGAGGUACGCUGGUGGAAAAAAGUAGUUUGGAGCGAGGAACGCGAUCCAAACAACGCGUGGAACGUCAUGUGGGGACGUUCCAGAUUUGGCUGCCGAAUCCACGGUGCGACAGGCUUGGGCCAAUACGGCUCGGCGACGACACCGAGCGUCAGUCGGGGAGAAUUGUCACGGUGUACAAUUGGAUGA